CAAUUUCGAUUUCCUAACAAUUGAAAGCAUCUACGACGACACUGAUGAUUCCCAACUCAAAUUCGUGGCUCGUAUGGGAAAGUUUAAGUCCGAAGCCUCAAUCCAACUUGGUCGCCUAAUCACUAAUAAGAGGAUAUUUAAUAGUAAGAAAACUGAUAUAUUGCUUUCAUUUGCCACAUCAUAUUUUUAUACUACGUAGUACUAUUUUUUCAUGUGUGAUUUGCUUAAACGGUUAGCAAGUUGCUUGAAUAUAACCCAUUUUUUUAAAUUAUUUUUAUUAAGGAAAAUUUGUCAAAAACUACCUUAUAAAAUAGUUUUUUUUGCGAAAAAGUACAUUAUAAAAAAAAAAUUGUAAUUAACUACAACCUUAUAAAAACAAUUAUGUGGUAAGAUACUACAUUUUUCCGAAUUAUGAACGUUGAAUCAAAAUUCCAGAAUUGACUUUACCAUAUGCAUCUCUACGUGCCAUUUAAUUACCUUUUUUAUAGUUAGAUACCACGUGAGAUACACCUAAUAAAUCAAUCCUGAAAUCUUGAAUCAAUGUUAUUAUCUUUUCGUUAUGUUUUUUUUCCCCCAAGCUAAUUAGCUUUGUAGAACUGAUUUGCUUAGCUUGUCUAAUUACUCAUAUGCACUCCAGUGUUUGCCUGUAGCUAGAAAAUUUAUUAAAAUUGCAAAAUAGUCCUUAUAUAUAACCAUUGGAGAUUCUCUAAUACAACCGCCUCAACAGAUAAUAAUAAGUUUAUGCUCGUUUAUGAUGCGUACUUUCCUUGGGCACUGGAUGUGGCCAAGGACCAUAACAUACUGGCUGCGGCAUACUUCGUUUCGUCUUGUGCGUAUGUGGCAUCCUUUUACCCCAUGUUUUUAGAGGAAUUUGGGUCAGAUGAUCAACAUCCCGUUGUUGCGGCUGAAUCUGUUCCUGGUUUGUUGGUGGAGCUGCCUUCGCGGGAGGAGAUGGAACGAUACGCGCCCAAAUGUGCACAAUCCUCGAGUUCUGAUGAUAAACCUGAUACUGGUAAGAAACCGCUUCACCCUGUCUACCAGAUGGUGGUUUCAUCAAUUACAACCCUCCAUCUUGCUGAUUUCGUGCUCUUCAACUCCUUUGAUCACCUUGAACAUCAGGUUGUCAAAUGGAUGACAAAUCUAUGGCGUGUGAAGACUGUUGGACCCUUGCUACCAUCAGCAUACCUUGACAAGCGUAUCGAGUCUGAUGUCAACUACUGUGUUAAACCCUACAAGCCAAACAACGAAGCUUGCAUGAGCUGGCUAAACGCAAAACAAGUUGCCUCGGUUGUGUAUGUUUCAUUUGGGAGUGUGGCUAAAUUGAGUGUAGAGCAGAUAUCAGAAAUAGCAAAAGCCUUAAAGCAGAUUCCGAGCAGUUUUUUAUGGAUAGUAAGGGAAGCUGAACAGGAAAAGCUCCCUAACGAUUUCAUUACUGAAACAUCAGAGAAAGGUUUGGUGAUGUCUUGGUGCCCUCAGUUGGAUGUCUUAGCACAUGAAGCAGUAGGGUGUUUCAUAACCCAUUGCGGAUGGAACUCGGUAAUUGAGGCGACCAGCUUUGGGGUUCCGAUGUUGGGGAUGCCCCAAUUCAUGGACCAUUUUUUGGAUGCUCAUUUUUUGGAGAAGGUUUGGGGUGUUGGAAUUAGGGUUAAGGCAGAUGAGAAAAACUUUGUUACUUGUGACGAAAUCAAGCGUGGUCUCGAGAAAAUUAUUUAUGGAGAAAGAGGAAAUAAGAUCAAGGAGAAUGCAACAAAGUGGAAAGAGUUGGCUAAGGAGGCAGUUGGUGAAGGAGGCAGUUCAGACAAUAGUACUGGCGAGAUCAUUAAAUGGCUUGCAUCCUCUUAAGAUUCGUUAGUAGUAUAUUAGCAGCAUGUCUAAGAUGCAUCCUUAGGGCACGGUUACCAAUGGGAAUAGAAAUACAUUUUGAUCACGAUACACCCUGGUACACCCAUGACUGUUCUAGUGGGGUCUUUGAUUUUACUUUUAUUUGGCUUGAAGAUGAGGAGUCAAGCAUGGGUUUACAGCUUUAUUUUAGGUCUCCUUUGUUGUAUAUAUGUUUUACAAAUUAUGUAUGGAGAAAGAUGAGACGUUUGUGGAAUUGUGGGUCUGAUAAUUUCGGUUUUGAGUAGGAUAAUGGUUGUUCGUUACCCAUUUCCAGUAGUGUAAUUUUUAUUUUACUUUUUUUUAUUUUUUUUUAUUUUAUGUGUGUUAGCACCCGGUUCACCUUUAGAGCUAUAAUCUGGAUUCGGGGCGAAUUUUGAGCGGAUAGGUUCCAAUAGUGUAAAUUUGGUCCGACUCAGUUUUUGGCUUCUUUGUUGUAUUGCCCAUGUGAUUUCAUCUUCUAUGUAUAUACUCCCUAGUUUCAUGAG